AUGACUAAGUCACGUCAACUAUCGUAUCCUAAACAAGGUAUAAUCCUCAACAGAUAUCCUAUAUCUAUUGUGGAUGAGUUGAUCGAUGAGUUGCAAGGUACAAAUAUCUUCUCUAAGUUGGAUUUAAAAUUUAAAUAUUAUCAAAUUUGGAUGAAGGCCUCAAACAUCCAAAAGAUUGCAUUUAAAACCCACGAUGGACAUUAUGAAUUUAUUGUCAUGUCUUUUGAUCUCUCCAAUGCACCGGCUACCUUUCAAUUACUUAUGAAUGAGUUAUUCUAA